AUGGCACAGCCGACAAAGCCUGACAUGUUUGAUUUGGGCCUGGGCACCUGGAGCCCUAGAUCCCGGGAGCAGAGCCACAGGGCUUGGGGGGCACCCUCCAAGGGUGUAGGCAAGAAGCUGCCUGAGUACAAGGCAGUGGUGGUGGGUGCAAGUGGUGUGGGAAAGAGUGCACUGACCAUCCAGCUGAACAACCAGUGCUUUGUGGAAGAUCAUGACCCCACCAUCCAGGAUUCCUACUGGAAGGAGAUGGCCCUAGACCACGGAGGCUGCAUUCUGAAUGUGCUGGACACAGCAGGGCAGGCCACUCAUCAGGCCCUGCGUGACCAGUGUUUGGCGAUUGGCGAUGGUGUGCUGGGUGUCUUCGCCCUCGACGACCCCUCAUCUCUAGCCCAGCUGCAGCAGAUGCGGGCCACCUGGGGCCCACACCACACCCAGCCCCUUGUCCUUGUGGGCAACAAAUGUGACCUUGUGACCACCACUGGAGAUGCUCAUGCCGCUGCUGUAGCCCUCGCAAAGAGCUGGGGGGCCCCUUUCAUAGAGACCUCAGCCAAGACACGCCAGGGUGUGGUGGAGGCCUUUUCCCUACUCAUCCAUGAGAUCCAAAGGGUCCGGGAGGCCAUGGCAAAAGAGGCCACGGCAGGGCCAGGUGGGGAUAAAGGCAGGCACCAGAAAGCCAUGUGCCACUGUGGCUGCUCUGUGGCCUGA